GCAUCAUGGCCAUCCUGUUCUCAGGCAUCGUGAUGUCACACUACACACACCAUAACCUCUCCCCUGUCACGCAGAUCCUCAUGCAGCAAACCCUCCGGACUGUGGCCUUCCUGUGCGAAACAUGUGUGUUUGCAUUUCUUGGCCUGUCCAUUUUUAGUUUCCCUCACAAGUUUGAAAUUUCCUUUGUCAUCUGGUGCAUAGUGCUCGUGCUGUUCGGCAGAGCGGUCAACAUCUUCCCUCUCUCCUACCUGCUGAAUUUCUUCCGCGACCACAGGAUCACGCCCAAGAUGGCGUUCAUCAUGUGGUUCAGUGGCCUGCGGGGUGCUAUCCCCUAUGCCCUGAGCCUGCACCUGGACCUGGAGCCCGUGGAGAAGCGGCAGCUCAUUGGCACCACCACCAUUGUCAUCGUGCUCUUCACCAUCCUGCUGUUGGGCGGCAGCACCAUGCCCCUCAUCCGCCUCAUGGACAUCGAGGACGCCCGGGCACGCCGUAGGACCAAGAAGGACGUGAACCUCAGCAAGACGGAGAAGAUGGGCAACACCAUUGAGUCGGAGCACUUGUCGGAACUCACUGAGGAGGAAUAUGAAGCCCACUAUAUCAGGCGGCAGGACCUCAAGGGCUUCAUGUGGCUGGACGCCAAGUACCUGAACCCCUUCUUCACAAGGCGGCUGACCCAAGAGCCAGGGAGACUGAAGCCCAGGGAGGAGAAGCCCCACCCCCCAAGGUCACACAGGCAACACGUGGCACUUCAUGCCAUCGACCUGCUCCUCCUCUCCAGUGUGCUGAGCACCGCCCCCUCAUACCUCCACUCCACCCUGCAGAGAAAAGCCCCAGUUGCCAGGUGGCCAGGACCUCCACCAUGGACGUAUCCAGAUGAAAAGUCUCACCAACAAGUGGUAUGAGGAGGUGCGCCAGGGCCCGUCCGGCUCUGAGGAUGACGAGCAGGAGCUGUUCUGAUGGAGUGGGUGCAGGCCAUCUGGACAGCCAGGGCUCUGCUGCCCACAGAAACUCAGCAGGACCCGGAGGUGAAUGUGUUCAGCAGCCUGUCAGGAAAAGAGCAGAGUGGAGGGAAGGCUGUGGCCUUGGCGUGGAACUUUGCAGGUCACUGGAGCUAGUGGCUUCAGGAUGCAGCUGAGCUCCACAGUCCUCUUCAAGUGGGGCCUCUGCUCUAGCAUUGCUUCCCCACCACAUGGCUCAACCAUCAUCCCAAGUAGACGUUCCUUCAUUUUGCAGCCUGGCUGAAUGGCCAUCCUUCCCCAGGAGGAAAUGCCAGGAGCCAGUUGUGACAGCUUGCUUGGAUCAUCUCACUCCCAGACUGUACCUCAGGAGCGAUUUGCUGACGUGGGCAACUGUGCCUCUGUGAGGAGCUACUACCAUUGGCUGAGUCACUGAAGUGCCUGGAUGUCAGCAGCAGCCCUUCUGACCUAGUGGCAGGGCCUAGAGACCUUGGAAACCUCAUACACUCCCUGUGGUGUCCUGUACUCCUGGAGAGAAAAACAGGGACCUUUCUCCUACCUCUAGUUGGCGCUUCCCAGCUGGCCUUCUCAGGCAAGGUUCAACUGUUACAGUGGUACCCUCUCCAGGGCCAGCCUUUCCACAGCCCUGGUAUGCUGCCAGCCUGGGCCGGCGUGGGAGGGUAUGGAGCCCAUCCUGUGGGGUCGGAGCGCUCUCUGGUGACAGGAGUGAAAAUACAGGGUUCCUGUGGGCAGCUUCAGGUCAUGCACUUUCCCCAAGUGUGAAAGACUGUAGCCCCCUCUCUCAUUUGCUCUCCCUCACUGCUGUUCCCCCACCCUGUACUUCUUGUCACUCCAGUCAGAGGUCCGUCUCCCAGUUCCUUGCUGUCUGGGGUCCCAUCAGUCCUUGCCAAGGUUCUAGCUGCUCAAAGCACUGGAGCAGGAGAGCCCAGGACUCUCCCACAUACCCAGAACACUAGUGCCCUUGAGUCACACCUGCACACACCCCAGCAGGCACCUGCCAGUGGCCCUGGCUUCCUCACUGUAUCAGGUGAGGAGCUACCAAUCACGUUCACAUGAAGUGGAGUUACCCAAGUCUGUGCCUCACUCGCCCUUUUCACAGCUGCUGGGUUUUGCCAUCCACAGGCUUUUGAUAACUUCCAUGUGUGACUCUGGGCAACUGUGUCCUAUAGUGGGUUGAUUCAUCAUGUGCUUGGUUCUCAGCGGGGACACAGUGGGUCCAGGUGGGCUGUAGCAGGUAUGUUUUCAUCUAUUCUGCCUCAGGCACUGUGGCACUGGAUGUCAGGAAAGACUGACCUUAACCCUUUGGGAUUUGCACCAAGCACAGUAGGCCAGGCUCCAGCGCUGACAGCUCACGUUGCCCCAGAAGUGGGCAGAGCAAGACAGUCAGGACAGAAGCAUGCAUUUGCUUCUAUGCAUAGAAAGUACAUUUGUACUUAGCUGAAGUGUGGUCCUUUCUCUCCGAUUUCUCUCCUUAAUCCCGUAAUCAGAGUCAUCUCAUUCAUGGCCUUUUAUAAUGUUGAGGGAGGAGGCUUUGCCUGUAUCUUGGGUGGGAGCAGGGGUCUGAGCUCAGAACUAAUUUUCUUUCUCCCCUGAAAUUCUUAUCUCAGGGAUGUAGGUUGCUUUGCAAGCUCAAUAUCUUGCCAAGAUUUCUUUCAUUUUUCUUUUUAAAUCUUACAUUCCUAGAUUAAGCAGUGAAGAGUCAGUGUCUUGUCCAGUGUCCCAGCUGCAUCACACCUGGCAUCCCACUUGUAACUGAGACCUGAAGUCCACUGUAGCAGAGCACGUGGGGACUUGGUGGAAGGUCCCAAGCUUUGCUGGGGGAAGGGAGUUGGCAUUUCCUGGGAGAAACCAGCACCAGCCUGAAUCUCCGUGAGCCUCCUCUGCCCCCUGCUGGCUAAGUGGGGGUUUAGCACGCUGGGAGACAUCCCCAUGGAAGGAGGGCGCACUGUCCCUUGGCCUUGUAGCAAGCAAAGGCACUGAAGGUAAAGCUUUCAGGUGGGUUCUUUCGGAUGUCUUUGCCUGAGAAUCCAAGAGUUGCUACUGUUUGCCUUUGGAGUACCUAAUAAUGCUGCUGUUUGGGGCAGUAAACUUGCAGAAGAAACAGAAGUAUCCAGUUUUGCUCUACCUUCCUGUGUAUUUCAGGUCUAGGCCAAGGGAUAGCAGAACUGGCAUGAGGUAGUACUUUAGAGUGAGGUGAUGGCUGUGAAGUCAGUGAGUGCCCUUGGGGACACAGGUCCUUUAGCCAGUGAACCAAGAUGUGCUGCCACAAGCCCCAUACCCAGCAAUGCCUGGCAGCCUCUCCACUAUAGGCCUCAUACCUGAGCCACUUGUAAUAAACCACAUGCUUGUCUUCUGUGGCCCUGUGACUGUGGCCAUGGAACAGUCAUGCUGUGCACCUUGUGACAUGGCCUCACAAGGAAAGUUGCCGCUUAGUCCCAGGGGAGAGCUGAAGUCCUCACCCCUGCCCCAAGCCAGCCACCCACCACUUUUCACAGGGACAAUGCUGACUGGGUCCAGGCUGCUGGGAGGCUGAGGGCAGGGAUAGCCCAGAAGUCAGUGACCUGAAUGCCCAAGUCAGCCCAGAGGUCUGAUUGCCUGCAGAUCCCUAUGUGUGUGACAGAGGAGUGAGCUGGGAGCCUUCUCCCUAAACCCCACGACAGAGGCCCAGAAGCCAUACUGGACCUCACAUCUGGGCAAGGUGGCUGCUGCCUGGACCCCACCUGGCUUUGGAGGUGGGCAGGCUGCGGUUCAGCAAGGCCUGGGCUUAGAGCUGCUCCCUGGCUCCUGAGUGAGGGGCAACAGUUACCUGCCUCUGUUUACCAUUGAUUGUUAAAUGCAAAAUUGAGAAAAGGUCUGCAUGUUUCCCUAGCUGCUGGGCAUGCAGGAUACCAAGUGUGAAACAUAAGAAGCUGGUGGGCCAGGAUCCAGUCAGUCUCCAGAGCCCAGGCAGCAUGUUUGAGGGGACUGCUUCAUCAAAAGCACAGGCUGUGGGAGAAGAGCCACCCCCAUUCUGCCACUUCUCAAACAGUGGCAGGAAGGAGGGCUGUGGUCCCCAGCUGCUCCUGCCGGCCCACAGCCCUAGGGAAUGGAAGUGGUUUGGUCCCUUCUUGCUCAAGUGAGUUGCUGCUAGGGAGGGAACCUUGAGCACAGUGGGCCUGGCCUUGGACUGGAUGGAAGG